AUGAACGAAGCGAAGGUAGCCAACAUCCUUUCCUACCUUGACAGUGCUGCCGCGACGCAGUGCGAGGCGCGGAGUGUGCGAGACUGCACACUCGCGACCAGCUUCUCCAGCGUUGUGCCGCUCACGUCGUCGGUGCUGCAGCAUGUCACGGCCAGCUCUCCGGCACCGUCAUCCAUAAACGCCUCGCCGAACAAUACCCCGACGCACCGCCACGCACCGCCGAGACGGUCGGCAUCGCCGCCGUCCGUCGGUGUGUCAGCAGUGUCGGUGUCGUGGAUCACCGGCAGCGGAGCCGAGUCUGCCCAGAACACAUACCUUGGCAUCAAGAAGCGCAUUGAGGGGAUGCAGUUCGAGAAUGAGCAGCUUCGCCGGGACAAUGCAGAGCUUCGCAGCCGCCUCCAGCAGUGGCGUGCCGAGGAGGCAAACCGAAAGCAGGAAAUGCGCGAAGCUGUGCAGGGCGAGGUGGACGAGCUACGCAGCUCGCAUGUUCAAGAACGCAAGCGCGUCAAGGCGGAGAAAGAAAAGCUAGAAAAGGCGAAGGAGGAGCUGAUGCACCAAGUGGACACGCUUACGGUGAGGCUGCGUGAAGAGGCGGCGAAACACGCCGAAGAUGUUCGGCGUCUAGAAGGGACACAUGCCGCGGCCCUCUCGUCCCUGCGCACCAAGUGGGCUGCCCAGGAGAAGGUGAGCCGCGAGAAAUGGCGUCUGGCCGAGGCGAAGCGCAUCAAGGAAUCGACGCUGCAGUCCCUCGAGCCGGACAUUGUGCUGCUGCUGAAUCGGCACAAGGCCGAAAAGGCGCGACUGCGCGAGGAGUACGAAAACGAGCUGCGCCAUCGUGACGAGGUCAUCGCUGCCAAAGAUGCCUCCGUAGAGGAGUUGAAGUCGAAGCUGCGGCGGGAGGCAGGUGAGCUGCUCAGCCGCGAGCAGGAAGCAGUGCGAGAUCGCCUCCGAGACGAGAGCGAGCGCAUUCAUCGACAGCUCGAGGAGGAGCGCCGUCUUGAGCAGCAAAGGCGCGAGCAGCUGGAGCACCACUAUGAGGAUCAGAAGCGCACGUUGCAGCGGGAGAUCGAGCGACUUGGGAAGGAGGUGCUGCGCCUGCAGAGCGAGCAGACAUCGGAGCAGGCCUCCUUCCACGAGGCGGUGACAAGUGAGGUGGCGCGCGUGACAGGCGAGGUGAACGAGCGCAUGAAGUGUAUCAAGGAGAAGCUGAUGCUGGAGUUCGCGAACCGCGAGAAGGAUGCAAGGGAGGAAAACCAGCGCUAUCUGCAAUCAAAGGAGGCGGAGAUGCGCAAGAAAUGCGAGCUGGAGCGCGAUGCGGCGGUGACGAAGGUGGUGCAGCGGCUCGAGGAGGAGCACCUGCGCGCCUUGGAGUCUGCUCGGGGUAGUGAUGGUAUGCUGCGGGAGCGCUACAUCCAAGUUACGCGUGAGAAGGAGCGACUGCAGGUGGAGCUUGACCUCGUCCAGGAGCAGCUAAGCACCGCCCUCGAGGCCAACCGCAGCAAAGCCGAGGAGCUGCAGAGAAUUCAGGACAUGGCGAACCUGUCGGAGCAGCACAUGAGCGCCAUCGAGGACAAGGUGCGCUCCGAGUACACGAAGCGCAUGAGCAUCCUGGACCACGAAUGGCAGAAGAAGCUUCACGAGUUCGAGACCCAGCACGUGAAGGAGGUAUGGGAGCUACAGCAGCGCCACGGCGCCGCGACGCAGGAGGUGGCUCGCCUGAGGUCCGAGUUCGAGAUGGAGAAGAAGACGUUGGAGCAGCGCCACCACGCGGAGCUGAGUCAGAUCAACGAGCGCGUCCUUGUGGCCAUCACAAAGAAGGAAAACACCAUCCGUCACCAGUCAGAGCAGCUGCUGAGCUUGCAGGAGGCUGUCAGUGUGCGGGACCAGGAGCUGCAACGGCAUCGCCAGCUGCUCUUGUGA